GAAGGAAGGGAGCGGCGCCUGUAGAGAAGCGCACAGCCCACAAACGCUCAGCCAGUAGCGCACAGCCCACAAGCGCUCAGCCAGUAGCGCACAGCCCACAAGCGCUCAGCCAGUAGCGCACAGCUCACAAGCGCUCAGCCACAAGCGCUCAGCUCACAAGCGCACAUUCAUCCAGGUGCCGGAAUAUAGAUUUAUUGCCACUCCGGGCUAGUAGCCCCAUCAGUGAGAAGCCGAGGGAAGCUGUCACUGUGGAUUUACAACCCUUCCGACUGGGACUGGUUCCUUCCCGCUGAACUUGCCGGCGAGUUGAGGGGAUGAGCCCCCGGCAGUGACCCCCGCAGCUGUGAGUGGAGCCGUGCAGCAUGGAGUGCCUGUACCUGCUGCUGCUGGCCGUGUCCUGGCUGCAGGGAUCGCAAUGCGCCGCCGCUAAGGAGCUGUCCUGCCAAGAGAUCACCGUGCCCCUGUGCAAGGAUAUCGGCUACAACUACACCUACAUGCCCAACCAGUUCAACCACGACACGCAGGACGAGGCGGGCAUGGAGGUGCACCAGUUCUGGCCGCUGGUGGUCAUUCACUGCUCCCCGGACCUGAAGUUCUUCCUGUGCAGCAUGUACACCCCCAUCUGCCUGGAGGACUACAAGAAGCCGCUGCCCCCCUGCCGGAGCGUGUGUGAGCGGGCCCGGGCCGGCUGUGCCCCCCUCAUGCGUCAGUAUGGGUUCGCCUGGCCGGAUCGCAUGCGAUGUGAUCGUCUGCCCGAGCAGGGCAACCCCGACACCCUGUGUAUGGACUACUACAACCGAACGGAGCAGACCACGGCGGCGCCCAGCCACCCAGAGCCCCCCAAGCCCCCGGCCAGGUCGGCACCUAAGGGCAGGACCCGUGUGGAGCCCCCAAGGCCCCGGCCCCGGGCACCAGGGUGCGAACCGGGCUGCCAGUGUCGGGCCCCUAUGGUGCCGGUAACCAACGAGAGGCACCCCCUGUACAACCGGGUCCGGACCGGGCAGAUCCCGAACUGUGCCAUGCCGUGCCACAACCCCUACUUCAGCCCGGAGGAGAGAACCUUCACCGAGUUCUGGAUCGGCCUCUGGUCGGUGCUUUGUUUCGCCUCCACAUUUGCCACUGUAUCUACUUUCCUUAUCGACAUGGAGCGAUUCAAGUACCCAGAGCGCCCCAUCAUCUUCCUCUCUGCCUGCUACCUCCUGGUCUCGGCUGGCUACCUGGUCCGGCUGAUUGCUGGCCAUGAGAAGGUGGCUUGUAGCCGUGGCGAGUUGGACCUGGAACAUAUUAUCCACUAUGAAACCACUGGGCCAGCGCUGUGCACCCUGGUCUUCCUGCUGAUUUACUUCUUUGGCAUGGCCAGCUCCAUCUGGUGGGUCAUUCUAUCUCUCACCUGGUUCCUGGCCGCUGGCAUGAAAUGGGGCAACGAAGCCAUAGCUGGCUACUCACAGUAUUUCCACCUGGCCGCCUGGUUGGUGCCCAGCAUCAAAUCUAUUGCUGUGCUGGCCCUCAGCUCAGUGGAUGGGGACCCGGUGGCUGGCAUUUGCUUUGUGGGCAAUCAGAACCUGGACAACUUGCGGGGAUUUGUGUUGGCACCGUUGGUCAUCUACCUGUUCAUUGGCAGCAUGUUCCUCCUGGCCGGCUUUGUCUCCCUAUUUAGGAUCCGGAGUGUCAUUAAACAAGGGGGCACCAAGACUGACAAACUGGAGAAACUCAUGAUCCGGAUAGGGAUAUUCAGCGUUUUGUACACGGUGCCGGCCACCAUCGUGGUGGCAUGUUUUUUCUAUGAACAGCACAACCGGCAGGGUUGGGAGGUGGCACAUAACUGUAACUCGUGCCAGCCAGAGGUGGCACAGCCCCGCCGACCAGACUAUGCCGUUUUCAUGCUCAAGUACUUUAUGUGCCUAGUGGUUGGCAUCACCUCUGGUGUGUGGAUCUGGUCGGGCAAGACUUUGGAGUCGUGGAGGGCGUUCUGUACCCGCUGCUGUUGGGGCAGCAAAGCGACUGGAGGCUCUAUGUACAGUGACGUUAGCACCGGGCUGACAUGGAGAUCUGGGACUGGCAGCUCAGUGUCCUACCCAAAACAAAUGCCCUUAUCUCAGGUCUAGACGGAGGUUUAACGUGGACUUAAGGCGAGGUUUGCAAAUUGUUCUGUUUUAACUUAACACUCUUGUCCCCUUACCUGGGCAGCGCCCAACCUGUGGCCCAUUCAGCUCUUGCUGAGCGACAACUUCCAGCAGUGUCCACUUAGUGCUGCUGGGAGUUGAAGUUCCACAACAGCUGGAAGGUUGCAGGAUGGACCUUACACCUAGAUACUGGGGGGUGCGGGGGAGGGACAGACCUGAGACUUAUUAAGACUGACCAACGUCGCCCAACUUGCCCCCCCCCCCCUUUAGAUUCUUGCUAUUAGCAUGAUAAUGAACUCUUAAUGGUAUCCAUUAGCAGGGACUUGAAUGACUGGUCCGGACAAUGUACCUGGUAUUGAAGCCUCCCUGAUUUCUCCCAUUUAUAUGCAAGGAGCAUUUGUGAAGGCGAUAAUUAUAGCUAAGCAGGGGCCGGGAUUGCCCCCUUGGCUACAAGGAAAGAGGCAAUAACUAUCUGUGCUGCUGCUGCUGCUGUGGGUCAUUCUGGUUCCGUAUCACAUUUAGCUGUGUCCUCAGCCAUUUCCCCCCCCCCCCCCCCAGUCCCAUGGGUGAGCCCUACUUGUGCCGCCAACUGUGCCUGAAUAAUGUUUAUUUCUUCUUGGCAUAGCGGGAGUCUUAACAGCAGGGUACGGGGUUCUAUGAAUUAACCACCAAGCCUGUUUUAACUACAACUCCCAGCAUCCCUGGUUGGACAGCCCUGGCUUUUUUUUUUUUUUCUUCCUAAAACUAAACUAUUGCCUUAAAAAUGGAAUAAAAUGUCUUAAUUAAGAAGCAGUACCCCAAUUAAAUACGGGUUUCUUCCAUAAUAGGAUGUAUUUAUAUAAUUAUUUGUCUUGUAAAAUGUGUAAUAUACUGUACAUAGGCACAAAGCUAUGAUGCUCUGUACAUUUCUUUUGUAUAAAGGAUAGAGGCUUCUCAAUAAGAGCAAAUAUUGGAGUAUUCUAUUUUGUCAAUAAAAAUGACCAUUUUUUAUAUAAAUGA